AUGACCAAGCCUACCUCCGACUUGAAGUUCAAGGGAUACGCUACUGGAAGGAAACCCUGCAGCAUCAAGGACACCUCGAAGUGGGAUCAAUUCGAAGUCAUCGACUUCAAGCCCAAGACACCUGGCGACAGGGAUGUCGAUAUCAAGAUUGAUUAUUGCGGGGUGUGUGGCUCCGACUUGCACACUAUCACUGCAGGUUGGGGCGACGCUAUCUUGCCCAUAAUCCCCGGCCACGAGAUUGUUGGGCAUGUCGUCUCGGUUGGGCCCAAAGUGACCGAGUUCAAAGUUGGUGAUAGGGUUGGUGUCGGUGCACAGAUUUCCUCCUGCUUCCAAUGCGAUCGCUGUGAGAAUAGCAACGAGAACUAUUGCCUGAAGCCAGUGGAUACCUACAAUUCUAAAUACCCAAACGGAGAUAUCGCUCAAGGAGGAUACUCCACUGCCAUUCGCGCGGAUGAGCGAUUCGUCAUGCCCAUUCCUCAGGGUCUUGCUUCGGAAAUUGCAGCGCCGAUGCUCUGUGCUGGAUUAACCGUGUACUCUCCUCUCAAGCGAAACGGUGCAGGACAUUUCGCCCUUCAGUUUGCGCGCGCAUUGGGUUCGAGUGAGGUCAUUGCAUUCUCUCAUUCUGAGAAUAAGAAGGAAGAUGCAUUGCAACUCGGAGCGACGCAGUUUGUGAUCACCCAAGAUGAUAAUUUCUCAGAGCCUUGGGCGGGCAAGAUCGACCUCAUAAUCUGUACUGUAGAUGCAAGCAGUGCCCUCCCUCUGGUCAAGUAUCUCUCGACUCUCAAAGUCGGAGGGAGGUUUAUCAUGGUGGGAAUUCCGGAUGAACCACUCCCUCCUCUUAAAGCAUUCGAUCUAGUACCUGGUGGAUGUUUCCUCGGAGGGAGCAAGAUCGGAAGCAAGCAAGAAAGCAUCGAGAUGUUGAACCUUGCUGCCAAGAAGGGAGUAACCAGUCGCAUCCAAAUGCUUCCAAUGUGCAAGGCCGGCGAGGCUGUUCGAAACUUGAAAAGUGGAAAAGUCAGAUACCGUCACGUCCUCAAGGUAGAUAUCUAG